ACGGGCCGGACAGAGGCCGGGCGGGCCCUCGAGGGGGAGGCCCGGACGCCAUCUCCGCCGGCGAACCCCGGGGCCCACCGACCUCCCAGCAACGCCUCUCUUCCCCAGGGCGAUCACAUCCAGGAUACCAAGUUACAUUUAGUCAUCGUGUCUCCUUAGGCCCUCUUGACUGUAACAGUUUCUCAAACUUUCCUUAUUUUCUAUAUCCUAAACCUCAGUUUCCUCCUUACGUCUCCCUGUAGUCAAGCAGUAUUCUGGGCCAAGAGAUUCUGAGAGGACUUCCAGAUUUGGGGGUGAAGUAGUGGGUGAGGUGUGUACAACGGACAGAGACUCAAUGUCACUUCUGGAAUACAGGUGUGGAAAUGAGAAGAACUCAGGUAGACCCAGGGGUUUAGGAGAACAAAAAGAGGCCAGGAAAGAGAAAACCUAUUGCUGAACGCCACACCUUUGGUGUGCCUACUAACUACGGGUAAUGAAAGGGUGUCGGAAAGUGAUUUAAAUGCUCGGUCGAUAGUGACGUCACUGGACGAUGCCUGAUAGCGGGAGACCUUUCGAGAGCCUUUCUCCCUAAGCCCCCCGAGUCUUUGCGAUGCCUCAGCUCCUAGUAGUCUUUCCCUAAAGGAGAGAAACAAUGCGAGCUGACCAGCUUCGUCUCUUGGGUUCCUCGCUUAGCGUCCUCGCUGGCGGAGUCCAAGGAACUACAAUUCCUAGAAGACAUCGUGGCAUGAGCGAUCUCUUGCUGCAUUCCUAUUGGUUCAUAUUUGUUACUCCCAGCCAAUAGAAAAUUAGCUCUUUGAUAAGUGCCAAAAUGGCGGUACCUAGGAUCUAGAGCUAGAUUGUCCGAAUCCCCUCGCCCCUUCUCUAGCUCGACUUCUCCCACCUCAAGGCUGACCGCCACCGGCCCCGCCUCCUCAGAGUAAAAUCAUGAAGGUGGUGAACCUGAAGCAAGCCAUUUUGCAAGCUUGGAAGGAGCGAUGGAGUGACUACCAGUGGGCAAUCAACAUGAAGAAAUUCUUUCCCAAAGGAGCCACCUGGGACAUUCUCAACCUAGCAGAAGCACUACUGGAGCAGGCCAUGAUUGGACCUUCCCCCAAUCCUCUCAUCCUGUCCUACCUGAAGUAUGCCAUUAGUUCCCAGAUGGUGUCCUACUCCUCUGUCCUCACAGCAAUCAGCAAGUUUGAUGACUUUUCCCGGGACCUGUGUGUCCAGGCUUUGCUGGAUAUCAUGGACAUGUUUUGUGACCGACUGAGCUGUCACGGCAAAGCGGAGGAGUGCAUCGGGCUGUGCCGGGCCCUUCUCAGCGCCCUCCACUGGCUGCUGCGCUGCACCGCAGCCUCUGCAGAGCGGCUCCGGGAGGGGCUGGAGGCCGGCACCCCAGCGGCUGGUGAGAAGCAGCUUGCCAUGUGCCUGCAGCGCCUGGAGAAGACCCUCAGCAGCACCAAGAACCGGGCCCUGCUCCACAUCGCCAAACUAGAGGAGGCCUCAUUGCAUACAUCCCAGGGACUUGGGCAGGGUGGCACCCGAGCCAAUCAACCAACAGCCUCCUGGACUGCCAUCGAGCAUUGUCUCUUGAAGCUUGGGGAGAUCCUGGCCAGUCUCAGCAACCCCCAGCUCCGGAGCCAGGCUGAGCAGUGUGGCACGCUCAUUAGGAGCAUCCCCAGCAUGCUGUCCGUGCACUCUGAGCAGCUGCACAAGACUGGCUUCCCCACCGUCCACGCGGUGGUCCUGCUUGAGGGCACCAUGAACCUGACGGGCGAGACGCAGCCCCUGGUGGAACAGCUGAUGAUGGUGAAACGCAUGCAGCAUAUCCCCACCCCGCUCUUUGUCCUGGAGAUCUGGAAAGCCUGCUUCGUGGGCCUCAUCGAGUCUCCUGAGGGCACGGGGGAGCUCAAGUGGACAGCUUUCACUUUCCUGAAGAUUCCACAGGUUUUGGUGAAGUUGAAGAAAUACUCCCAUGGGGACAAGGACUUUACUGAGGAUGUCAAUUCUGCUUUUGAGUUCCUGCUGAAGCUCACACCCUUGCUGGACAAAGCUGACCAGCGCUGCAACUGUGACUGUACAAAUUUCCUACUCCAAGAAUGUAGCAAGCAGGGGCUUCUGUCUGAAGCCAGUACGAACAACCUCAUGGCCAAGCGCAAAGCAGACCGGGAGCACGCACCCCAGCUGAAAUCAGAUGAAAAUGCCAACAUCCAGCCCAACCCCGGGCUGAUCCUCCGCGCGGAGCCCACCGUCACCAACAUCCUCAAAACGAUGGAUGCAGACCACUCCAAGUCCCCGGAGGGGCUGCUAGGGGUCCUGGGCCACAUGCUGUCUGGGAAGAGCCUGGACUUGCUGCUGGCUGCUGCUGCGGCCACUGGGAAGCUUAAGUCCUUUGCCCGGAAAUUCAUCAAUUUGAACGAAUUCACGACACACCGCAGUGAAGAAAGCAGCUGGGGGUCAGCCUUUUCAUCCUUCACAGCCAAGGCGGCCUCAGUUCGAGCCUUGCUCUUUGACAUCUCCUUUCUCAUGCUGUGCCACGUGGCCCAGACCUAUGGCUCAGAGGUGAUCCUGUCCGAGUCAAACACGGGAGGAGAGGUGUUCUUCUUUGAGACCUGGAUGCAGACUUGCAUGCCCGAGGAGGGAAAAAUCCUGAACCCUGACCACCCCUGCUUCCGGCCUGACUCCACCAAAGUGGAGUCCCUGGUGGCUCUGCUCAACAAUUCCUCGGAGAUAAAGCUGGUGCAGAUGAAGUGGCAUGAAGCCUGUCUCAACAUUUCGGCGGCCAUCUUGGAAAUCCUCAAUGCCUGGGAGAAUGGGGUGCUGGCCUUUGAGUCCAUCCAGAAAAUCACCGAUAACAUCAAGGGGAAGGUGUGCAGCCUGGCAGUGUGUGCUGUGGCCUGGCUUGUGGCCCACGUGCGGAUGCUGGGGCUGGACGAGCGUGAGAAGUCGCUGCAGAUGAUCCGCCAGCUGGCAGGGCCGCUGUACAGCGAGAACACCCUGCAGUUCUACAACGAGAGGGUGGUGAUCAUGAGCUCCAUCCUGGAGCAUAUGUGUGCGGACGUGCUGCAGCAGACGGCCACACAGAUCAAGUUCCCGUCCACGGGCAUGGACACCAUGCCCUACUGGAACCUGCUGCCCCCCAAGCGACCCAUCAAGGAGGUGCUGACGGACAUAUUUGCUAAGGUGCUGGAGAAGGGAUGGGUGGACAGUCGCUCCAUCCACAUCUUUGACACCCUGCUGCACAUGGGAGGCGUCUACUGGUUCUGCAACAACCUGAUUAAGGAGCUGUUGAAGGAGACGCGCAAGGAGCACACGCUGCGGGCAGUGGAGCUGCUCUACUCCAUCUUCUGUCUGGACAUGCAGCAAGUGACCCUGGUCCUGCUGGGCCACAUCCUGCCUGGCCUGCUCACCGACUCCUCCAAGUGGCACAGCCUCAUGGACCCCCCUGGCACCGCUCUCGCCAAGCUGGCCGUCUGGUGUGCCCUGAGUUCCUACUCUUCCCACAAGGGGCAGGCGUCCUCCCGCCAAAAGAAGAGACAGCGUGAAGACAUCGAGGAUUACAUCAGCCUCUUCCCCUUGGAUGACAUGCAGCCCUCGAAGCUGAUGCGACUGCUGAGCUCCAAUGAGGAGGAUGCAAAUAUCCUUUCGAGUCCCACGGACCGGUCCAUGAGCAGCUCCCUGUCGGCCUCCCAGCUCCACACGGUUAACAUGAGGGACCCGCUGAACCGAGUCCUGGCCAACCUGUUCCUGCUCAUUUCCUCCAUCCUGGGGUCUCGGACCGCCGGUCCCCACACGCAGUUCGUGCAGUGGUUCAUGGAGGACUGCGUGGGCUGCCUGGAGCAGGGCGGCCGAGGCAGCAUCCUGCAGUUCAUGCCCUUUACCACCGUAUCGGAACUGGUGAAGGUGUCAGCCAUGUCCAGCCCCAAGGUGGUUCUGGCCAUCACGGACCUCAGCCUGCCCCUGGGCCGCCAGGUGGCUGCCAAAGCCAUUGCCGCCCUCUGAGGGGCUUGGAGCGACCGCAGGGGCUGGCAGGGAGGGUCCCAGCCCCGGGCGCCUCAGAAAAGGACGUGUGGAAAGAUGAGACAUCAUUGCUCAUAUCCACAUGAUGUAACCGCCCUCGGUCGGUUUCCAGAUCUUUCCCUUGCUCCUGACUUCUGACCUCUAAGACGGCUCCCAGUUUCUUUCAUAAUUUCCUUCCCCACUGCCAGUACCUGAUGCGUGUGAGCAGCCUGGUUCCUUGACUCAGGGCGGUCUCACUGCAGCCCUCCCGCCCGACCCCUGUGCGCGCCUCCCGCUUCCAAGAGUGGGUUUACCUCCGGGGAACUUGAUAGGUGCAGGGUAUAUGUGUAUAUAUGUAUUAUCUCUUUUUACACGAGGUGUGUUCACCUCGGCUGGCUUGUAAAUAAAGACCUCGUGGAUCCCUC